ACUAGCUGAAAAAAUGGCUGAAAUCCUAGUGUGUGUGUGAAGGAAACAGUGUGAGAAAAAUUUGCGUUUGCUACCAAUUCGGAAAUAACGGAGUUGCGGCGUCAAAAUCGGACUCCAUUGCCCCCUGUCCACCGCAGCUGCCACGCCCACGAUUUCCUUCGAAGGCGGCGACGGGACAAACGUCAGUCGGAACGUCCGAAAAUUGGCAAUUGAUGCAACUCUCGGCACUCGGCUAUCCACUCACAGCGGCCUGCAAUUACAGACAAGCCAGGCCAGAAACUGAAUCCACCAACUCCGGCGGGUUAUCAUAUCGAAAUGUGGCUACCAGGCCGAGCAGAGAAACUACCAGGCGCGGAUAACUAGAUGAAAAUUGAGCGACGAGCACUCCCUAUAUGUAAUAUAUAUGUAAUACACACGCGCCUGCCCCGCCGACAGUGUACACACAUCAAUAUAUCGGCUUGAUACACACAUACGCAGUUGCAUCAGCAUGUCCGACCGUGAUUCCGAUUCCGAAUCCGACGCUGGCCCGCCCGUGAAUCAGCAGCGGGCACAGCGGAACCGGCGCUUCAUCAUGCGGAUCGAGUUCAAGGACUCGGACACGGCCUCGGAUCGCGACCUGGACGAACUGCCUUCUUGUUCAACGGCGACGAGGCUGCGACGCAGCGCCCGCCGCCAAGAAGUGGACUCGGAAUCGGACGCCGUCCCCUGGAAGUCCACCCGCAAGCUUCGCAGUCGCCAUGGACCGCAAAGUGACUGUUCGUCCAGCGGCAGCGAGAUCAACCAACGGCCCAAGCGCAUCAGCAAGCGGAAAAAAUUAGAAUCCUACCAUGAGGAGGAGCAGGAGCAGGCGAAGGCGCCCAGUGCUUCUGGCAGACUGCAGCCCACGACUGCUGAGCCCGAUCCCGGUUUCAGUUCCGACAGCAGCAGCAACGAUCUGCUGGAGAAGUGCCCCAUUUGUCUGCUUACCUUCCGGCAGCAGGAGAUCGGCACGCCAGCCACCUGCGAGCACAUCUUCUGCGCUGCCUGCAUAGACGCCUGGUCCCGAAAUGUUCAGACCUGUCCGAUUGACCGCAUCUCGUUCGACCGGAUUGUGGUGCGGGAGUCCUACGCUAGUCGCCAGGUGGUGCGGGAAGUCCGGGUGGACUUGAGCAAGUCCAAGACCGAAUUGGCACUGGACGAUGAGGCAGAGGGCGCGGUGGCUUCCGAAGAGGAGCUGACCAACUGCGAGGUCUGUGAAAGUCCGGAGCGGGAAGAUGUGAUGCUGCUUUGCGACAGCUGCAAUCAGGGAUACCACAUGGACUGUCUGGACCCGCCGCUUGACGAGAUUCCCGAUGGUUCCUGGUACUGCGACAAUUGCAUUGAUUCUGAGGACGAAGAUCCCAAUGAGCAGCUGGACGACUUGAGUCAGUUGUACGAUGAUAUUAGGGGAAUGGGCUUGCCGGAGACUCGACUCAGGGUGCGGGAGGUGCAGCAACCCCCGAGAAUCCUGCGCACCAGCCAAAACGAGCGCAUUCGGGCAGCCGUACUGCGACGCACUCGCUCCGGUAUUGCAUCAGCUGAAGAUUCAACUUCAACCCGAACGCGUACGCGCACUACCACCACUACCACAACCACUACAACAACCACUCGUCGCACAACUUCUAGCACCACCAAACGUCCCGCUCAGCGUCGCCGGCGGAGGAGGACUCGCCAUCGCACCUACGUGGUUGAGUACGACCUGAACAACUUUGACGAGAAGUUUGCCCUGAAGACGAGCAAGAAGGUAAUCCGGCGACGUCGACGGCGGCGUCGCCGUGUCGUGGCUUCUGCCUCUAGUGCGGAACCUGGUCGUCGUCUUACCGCCAGCAAGCGACUGGCGGAGCAGUUGGGAGUGAAAACGGACGGUGUGCAGCGUUCACAUCUAAGCGGUGGAGGGGCCUCCAGCUUCUCGCUCUUUGGGAACGCCAACGAUCUGGAGUACUUCUCAGACAGUGAGCCAGACCCUGGGGGCAGUGCCACUUUUUCUGGAUUUGGAGCGACUGCCGUGCAAACCUCAGUGCGCAUUGCUAGUAUAGGAGCACCGCGCAUCCGUAAAGCGUUGCUUCAAGGUAAAGCACGCGUAGCUGCCACGCCUUCAGUUCCGUGUCCAGCUUCAGCUGGAGACAUACUGUCCUCCAUUUUGGAUCUUCAGGAUCGCUGGCACGACGCUUCGCGCAACCUGGGCGAUGUCCAUAUUAGGGCAGAUGGUACCCUCAACCUCCCCCAGAGACCAGCGGUUGCAGCAACACGAGUAGCAGCGCAGCCAGAAGCUUCUUCGAAGCCGGAGGAGCAUGUAACCCAGGCGCCACUUUACCAGCGCGGAGGAGCCGGACCCAACUUUGGUAGGGGUGGAGGAUCAGGAGCAGGUGAUAACUACAACAAUCGUUUCAGCGGAAAUAACAGUUACAGGGGUGGUGGAGGAGGCGGCGGAGCAACAGGUGGUGGUGGAGGAUCUUCCUCGCGUCAAGCGACGGGCAGCGAAGAUGGCCAAGCGGUCGGCGGUUUCAGUAACCAAAACUUCAGUAGUCCCAGCUCCAACAAUGGCAACACAAAUGUGUCAAGCUUUACUCCCUUCCACCUCCGCUUUAACACGCCCACCCGCCAGCAGCAACAACGCCAGCAGAACUUGCCCCCUGCCAACCAACCCACACCACCUUUUCGAGGAAGUGCAGCACAUUCGGCUGCGGUGGCAUCGCCAGUGGGCAGCUUUCCAGGACAGCCUCCGAUGUUCGCUCCUCCUGUAAAUCACCAUGCGGCACCGGUAAUGGGACUGCCGCCAUUGCUAACAGUACCACCUCCGCCCAUGCCUCCCGCCAGUCUCCCAUGGAACACUCCGCUAUUCAAGAUGAACACGCUGCAGCAGUCACCGUUAAAAGCCAAUGAUCGAAACGUGGAUGACGAUGCCGACAAUUGUCCGAACUUCUCAAUUUACUCGCAGGAAUCGCAGGCGGUGGCCAAUGCCUCGGCUAUGUCGUCGGGGGUUCCACAAGGACCGGCUGAUGUGUCUGAUAAGGAUGAUGACGAUAUGAAUGAAGAUUUAGUACAAUUAGAUGAUGAUGACGAUGACAACGAGAUACCAUUGCCCCCGGGACCCGAACCCGAAUCCGUACCCGAAAAAAUCAAUGAUGAUUUGUACGAGCCGGAGAAUCCAACGGAUGAGCCGGAUGACCCGGAAGUAAACGAAAAGUCCUGUGAUGGUAAGCCCAUAGAAGACUCGGAGGCCUCCGAUCACGAGUCCAGCAACAGCAUCUCCAACGAACCCGCAGCCCCUCUAGAGGAGAACGAUGUAGAGGAAGCUAAGUCGCGCAGCACUCCCAGCCCGGUGGUUAAGGGGGACCGAGUUGCUGACCGAGAUCGGGGUAAGGGCGUUUUAGAGCUGUAUGAUGACAGCGACUGGGAGGAGUUAGACAUUGACAAGCCGAAGGAAUAUGAGAAGGCCCUUGGGACGGGUACCGAGGGACAUGCCAGCCCCAACUCGGCGACAUCUAAGAAGCCAGAUUCCGAAAAAGAUGGAGAUGGUGAGAAGGAUGACAACGCAAGCAGCAGCGAGCACGAGCAGGACCGCUCUUACACGCCAUGUCUGGACGAAAAGAAUAUGGCGGAAGGUGAGGAGGAUGAGGCGACGACUGGGGCAACGGAGCAGAACGAUGCCAGCACCAGUCCCAAGACGGGUUCCUCUAAGGCUUCCGAUGACGAGGAGGAUCCGGAUCAAGCUAUCGUCACGCAUGUUGUGUCAGAGGAUGAUCUGACCAACGAGAACGGCUCAAAGCGACGCAGUCGAAGUCGCGGCGGGGCGGCCAAAAGGGGCAAGUCCAAGUCUAAAUCGCGUUCAAAGCGCAACAAGGAUGAAACAUUCAAGAAGGUUGGUAAACGACAGAAGGAUCGCAACUACCGUGCUGACAAACCGGACCCAGAGCAGAGCCCCGAGCUGGGUUCUAGGAGUCGUACUCCAAAGAGCCGCACCAAGAGCCCGAAGCGAAUCAAGACCGUCAGUCGUAGUAUAAGUGGGAGUAAGAGCAAAAGCAGGAGUAGGAGCAGGAGUCGUUCUCCCAGCCGCAUUCGGAACAGGCGUCGCCGUGGCAGCCGCUCCAAGUCAUAUUCCCGCUCCCAUUCAAGGUCCCGAUCGCGUUCCAACUCACAUAGCCGCCAAAGAUUUUCUCACCGUGGACGGGACCAUCAGCGUGGCUUUAUGCGUGGUCGUGGAGGCCUGCGUUUCAACUACCGCAACCAACAGUUUCACAACAGACCGUUCCAGCACUACAACCACAAUUACCACCAGAAUCAUAACUACCACCAGCAGCACCAUCAGCAUCAGCAUUACUUUAACUAUAACCAGCAAGGUCAGCACCAGCAGUUCUUUCAGCGUCCUAAACGAAGAGAGCUACCUCGAUAUGAUGUACGGAAUGUGGUGGGUGCAUCGAGGCAUCAACACCACGCUAAGGAUCGCUAUGGACGAGACGCAACGCGGUCGGGCAGAAGUCGUUCGGGAAGGCGCAACUCGCGUAGUUUCUCGCGAAGCGUUUCGCGAGGAUCGAGGGGUUCCCUGCGUUCCCGUUCUGGUUCGCAAAAACGGUUUCGCAGCUUUAGCAUCUCGCCGACGCCACCACCAGGAACCUCCCCUUCACCUCAGAAGCAAGGCGGUCGAACAACAUCUUCGGGCAGACGCUAUGCCGCGCGCUCUCCCUCGCCGCUGCAGCCUCCUCCAAUUGAAAGAGACCGUAGCCAAGUGUCUCUGCACUCCAGAGGAUCCCGCUCGCGCACUCCCAAUCGCAUUAAUGGAGGAGGUAAUAGAUCGCCCCUUUAUAUCGGCUCACCGCGUUAUACGCCACGCUUGAGUCGCAGUCGGAGUCGUUCCAAAAGUCCCAAGGAUGCCCCCAAGAAGAAGAAAAAGAAGUCGGAUAAGAAGAAAAAGAACAAAAGGAGAACGGGUAGCGGCAGUCCGACGACGGCCGCGCGGAUGCGACGCAUCUCGCGGCAGCGCGAUCCCUUUGAGGAUGCUGACGACUUCCUGGCGCCUCAGAGAAAGCGAAAGAAGGGGGGAAUGACCACUAGUCAGUGGUCACCAUCGCCUUCACCAGGCCGCUGCGAUUUCUUACACGAUGGCGUAUGCCAGGACAAGAACCCGUCUUGGACGCCGCCGCUGGGAUCGCCCAAAGGUCCCGGUGGUCACUACGACAAUGAUGGCGGUUUGACGCCCAAGAGGGCAAAGCGCAAGCGGGAUAAGAGCAAAAAGAAAAAGAAGCAACAUCCCCUGGAGAAACAACGCAAGGAGAAAAAGCGUAAACGGCGCACACAGACGCCAGAGCCACUGCCCUCUAAGGAGAUAUUUGCCUCGGGCAAUAACAUUCUGGUGAGCGUGAGCUUCAACAAGGAGUCAAACACGAACAAUGCGAUCUCCACGUUGGGUUCUCAGCAACAGUCGAUAGUCACUAUGCCAUCCGGCAGGGAAGAUCUGUUGAGCAAUCGCAUAACCUCUAUCGAUCUCCUGACUAACAGUAACAUUAGCAGCGUUGUGGGAGCAAUCAAGAAGGGGAAGCGGGACAAGACCCGCAAGCGCAAGAAGCUGGAGGCUAAGCCGGUGGCCAUCAUCGAUCUGGAACGCUCACCCUUCCAAGUGCACCAAGAGCCGGCGGAUGUCAUUGUGCUUACAGACAGCGAGGAUGCGACGGACCAAAACUCUACGAGAAGGGAGCGGGACAGGGACCACGAUUUAAUGAGGGAAAACGGACAAAGGGAAAAAACCCCGCAGGUCGGUUCCCUGGACACAAUCAUGGAGACCUCGUAUGAGAACAUGACACAGUCAACUGGCCCCAAGACGCCGCCGGAGCCUCCCCUCGUCAAGUUCAACCUGCCCACCAAAAAGAUGCAGCACAAGGCGCGCAGCAAUCCGCUCCACGAAGACGCUGAUGAUAUUAACUCUGCAGACGAGCUAGAGACGGCCUGUUCUCUGGCUCCCGAGGAGCAGACGCCCCAGCACGGCCACGGCACCCAUGAUGGGGGGCAGAAGAUCGGUCCAAAUACACCUCCGGAGUCGGGACCAUGCUCGCCAGAUGCCUACGAUCCCUUCGAGCCAACCAAGUCACCCUCUCUCUCACCACGAUCGCCCACACCAACGCCGUGUCAAAGCUUGGAUCAGCAAGCAGCCGGAAUGCCGGUGAGCAGUGCAAUUGGAUCUGGAUCAGGAGACAAAAAUCAGAACGAUGCAUCUCAUGCAACCGUGUCCAAUGCGAGCACCAGCACCCAGACCCAAACAAGCGUUCUCAACCCGGUGGACCUGGUGAUGGCGCUAAUGAACAAGCCGAAUCAGAGCGGAGCUAUCCAGCAGGAGAGCGAAGUGAGCUCCGCCCAGUACAUCAGCAGCAGCUCCGUCAGCCUGGCCCUGGGUGUUGGGUCAAGCACUGGUGGGGGAGGAGCCGGCGGAGGCGACAGCCAUGACAAGGGGCCUGAUGGCAAGACGAUCACCGUUCUCUCUAAUGUGCUGCUCACGAGCAGCAGCGUUGUGUCCAGUUCGCAGCACAUACCGUCUAUAUCUAGUCCAACGCCGCCUUCGAAGAAGUCCACUCCGCUGCCCAAGGCCGGUGGAAGUGUGGCCAGCAGCAGCAGUGGCGUUGGCAACAUGCCCACCACGAGUGGUGGAGUGGGUGGCCUGCGAAACGGCAGCGCCAUCGGGAAUGCCGGAGGAUCUAGCAACGCCCUAGACGACUCCUUUAACAUGGAUAUCGAGAGCCCCUAUUCUCCUGGCUCGGCGGACUACGAGGACCUGUUCGAGCCCCCCACCUUACAGGAGGGCAGUAGGCGAGCAAAGGGUGGAGCCUCCGGGGGCAAGGUGGAAAUUUUCGAUAACCUUUUUGGAAGCAGUUCGCCCGUGGGCAACAUCCGGGUGUCAUCACGAUACAACACAGCGGCGGGCAAGAAGUCGCAUCGCAGCAAGGGUGACCGCAAAUCAAAAUUAAAAAGUUCAAGAAAUCCUGAUAUUUAUGACGAUGUGCCGAAUUCGGCAACGGAUCUGCAAAAUAAGGACAGACUUUUACGCAAGUUAAAUCGACAAGAGCGUGUCGUCGAGGAGGUGAAAUUGGUGUUAAAGCCGUACUUUAACAAGAAAGCUAUCACUAAGGAUGACUACAAGGACAUCAUGCGGAGAGCCGUGCCCAAGAUCUGCCAUAGUCGAUCCGGCGAAAUUAAUCCACACAAGAUUAAAAAUCUUAUUGACGCAUAUGUAAGGAAAUUCCGAGCAAAGCACAAGAAGUUAAGUCUCCUUAACACGGGGCAGGUUAGCAGUGCGGUUAAAUGUGCCGCGUAUUUAAAAAAACUGUAAGCGAGCAAACGGGAACCUAGGAUGUGGCAUUUGUAUAUUUUCAGCGUUUGGUAGAAAAAUCUAAAGAAUUUUGCGGUCGCAUGCAUUCCUACAAUCUACCAACAAAUGAAACCAACAAUAUUCAGCAGCCACCAUCGCAAAACUAUGGGAAAACAAAAGGAAAAACUCAUAAACUGUCAUUAACUAUUGGAAUUUAGUUGCUAAGUCAAUUUUAGGUCACUUUACGAAUGAUUUUAGACUGUAAGCGAAACACAGAAGUGAAGAUUUUAAAUAUUAAGCAGAAGCAAGUUUUGCCACCUUAUUUUCGGUUUCCCAAAGCACUACAAAAACACUUUAUUUAUAUCAAGACUAGUUCAUUAGAUUGUUUAUUCGUACGACACCUGUAAUGAUAAUAUUAUAACUAUUUUGCAUGAGCAUUAACCAAUUGUAAGUAGUUAAGCGAAGGCAAAACAAAUCUGUAUUUUACCUCUGAUAAUUUAAAUAUUUAAUUUAAAACACAUCUGAAAAAAUUACUGAUAACCUCAAACCAUUGGCUUGCAUUGAAUAGCAAAUUCCUCACAAUGUCGUUCAUGCAGUCGAGUAUUUUUCUUGAACGAAGAUUGUUAUCGAACAAUUGUAAUUAUGUAUUCAUAUGAAUAGCUGCAUGGCCAGUUAUGCAGUUCUUCAAUAAAGCACUUGAUUUUGCAUAGUUUGUCAGUCAUUAUUUUUGAAUAAAGAGUAAGAGUGUUGGCAUUGCAACACAAUUGAUAACAGUAAAUAUAAAUAUACAAAUUGUGCUAAAUCGUUUUGUAAAUAUCCAUAUAAAUAAAAGUAAAAGCGAUUAAUAACUAA